AUGUCGCCUCGUAAUCCGAGCCUGAGGCAACUAGGUACAACAAGAGAUGGGGUGAGUAAAAAAUGCUAAAUUUACUUGCAUUGCGCUCUAUUUUACUCUGUCUGACGGCAGACGAUUGUACUCAAGGGAAGAGCGCUUGUGCUCAAUGGGUUAAACGAGAAUGUAACAUUCAAAAUAUGUGAAUAAUGUUGAAAGAAUGAUAUGAGAAAAAGAAGGAGAAAUAAAACGAUAAAAGGACACACACAGGUUUAAAUCUAUCGUCCGUAUUCUAAAAGCUCACUCACACUCAAUGAGUGGAGGUUCAAUCUGAGCUUCUCUUGAGUGUCAAUGCUGUUUUUGAAUAGCUGGAGGGUGAGUAGUCACAUAGUAAGGUACAACACUAACCUUCAGCUAUUCAAAAACAGUAUUGACACUCAAGAGCAGCUCAGAUUGAACCUCCACUCAUUGAGUGUGAGUGAGCUUUUAGAAUACGGGCGUUAGUCAUAGUUAGAAAGAGGAAUAUUAAGAGUGCACACAAUUAUUUCCCUUUGGACGAGUGUCGUAUAGGUUUCUCCUGGGAAAGAAUUUUUCUUCAAACGUGCCAGUGUAGACAGUGCCAAUGAGAAGAAAUAAUAAGAAAGCUUGGGAUUGGUGGGAAUACAACUACCUGAGAAAAACAAGGAGAACUUCCGCGUUUCCAGGUCGAAGGUCCUUCGUCACUAACUUGCCAAUGAAGGAACGCUCAAAACGUCAAAGUUGCGCUUGUAUUUUUCAGGUAUCCCUAUCAUUUCGAAACCUUUGUAAAUCAUGAUUGUCUCUCUUCUAUUAACAGAGCUCAGGCAACUACACACCCCGCGGUUCAGCGACUCCACGAACACAGGGGAUAAGACGUCUGGAAUCAACACGAGAUGUGAGACAUGGCUCAAUUGUCAUCGAGAGAAAUGAAGCACUGCUCUCCAUGGAUCCCUCCAAAGAUCCCAUGAGAAAAGUUCACGAAGAAGGAUUGUAUUUGAACUUAACAUCGACGUCCAAUGAUACAAUUACCGUCGAGUGGACCUACUGCCCUGCCCAGUGUAUGUAGUCUUAUAAGUUUAUAUCUACGUAGUCUUCCUCCAGUUCUAUAAUAUAGGCUACAUGCUUCCAUGUGUCAAGUUGAGUGAAAUACAAUUUAUAUGAUAAUUUUAACCGAUCCAAUUUAUCUUCCAUACAGCUUGGAUGCCAAUUGAUCAUUUUCUGUUGGAACAUAGCAGCGUGACGAACCCAGAUGUGAGUAAAUUUCAAUAUAUCGUAUUAUAUGUCCAUCUCAGUACUGUGUUUAAAUGAACACAUUUCCAUCUCAUUGUUUUUUGUUUAACCAUUAGUUCAUCAACGUGAAAUUGGCUUCAAACCAAAGACAAUACGUGUUACGAAGUUGCACACCAGGAACAAACAAUUUCUUCGUCGUGUCGGCCAUUGAUGUGUAUGGUAAAGUGAUCCAGAGAUCAAAACAACUGACUGUACAAAGUUCUGCUCCUAUUGAUCGACCAAUAUUGAAACUCAAGUAAGAAAUUUCCUGAUAUAAUCAUGUAUUGCAAUUUUGCGAGACGUUUAACUCAUCAGUUACUAUGCUAGACUGCAAGGCGUCAAUCCUGGGGAAGAUAGGGGUGACACACACACACACACACACACACACACACACGCACUUUAUACAAUGGAUUGUUGACCUCUCCAGAUUGUUAAUUAGCUAGUUCGUUAAUUGGUUAGUUUCGAAGGUUCACACCACUUAAUUUUAAACUCUACGAACGCAUAUUUCUUCCAGGAAAAGCAGUCCAAAUAUAAUUGCUAUCGAGUGGAAUCGUCCAUCGGAAUAUGGCGAUGGCUUUAUCAGCGAAUAUCAUCUCAAGGUGAUAACAUAACCUUUUUAUGGCAAAAUUUUAAAUAACUAAAAUACUAAGAGAUCGUCUUCUGUUAGAGAUUAUUUCAAUAAUUCUUCUUAAUGUUCACUUAUUAAAGGUGAAUGGAAAGUUCUACACAAACAUUCGUUCAACAAAAACAUCAUUUGAUUUUAUCGAGUGCCGACCCAUGGAAGAAUUCACGUUCAGGAUUCAGGUAUAUUGAUCUAUUUAUCGCUGACGUUUGUGCUAAAUUAUGCGUACAUUAAAAGCAGUACAGCAUAGUACAGUUGAAUCACCGCACAGAAAGUCUGAAUUAAUUUACUACAGACACUUCAUGAAACAACAGUUUGGCUUGAACAAACUGACAAUUGCUGUGAACUAAGCUACACUGACAUCCAAGAACUUCCAAUAAUUCUCAAUAGAGCACGAACCGAAAUGAUCUUUUGAAUAUUUCAGGCUCUAUCAAUAAAGCACGACUGUAACAGCGAAUGGUCAAAUGUGCUUGAAGUGGCGUGCCCUGCCUCGCUACCCAUGACGUUAGAACGACUGCGACCGAAGAACAUCAACACAAUCAAAGUUGGCUGGAAAUUACCUACGUGUAUUGGAGGAGCAAGAGUCAAGGAAAUCAAGGUAACGAUAAUUUACGAAGAAUGGUUAGUAAUGGGCUUUUUACCACGGUCACAUGAGAGAAGAGUGCAGUGGUCAUACUGGAUCAAUAAGAGAUGAUCCUUACUGGACCUCCAGGAAGAACAGUUUAGAACUGAUAGAGCUAGCCAGUAUAAAUAAAAUUAGUUUAGUUUUCCUCCUGUAGUUGAUUGAUUGAUUGAUUUGCCAAAAAAAAUGAAAGACUGUUAGCUAUUUACAAGAUAUUAAUAAAAUAAAGUCGGCGAGGAGACCUCAAGAAGCUUAGAGCUUGUGUAAAGAGGCCACCUCAUCUCAAAAAUUCAAAGUUAAAUAUUUAAUUAAUCGGUAUAAUUUAGGGUUACAGACAUAUAAUAUGAAAUUGAAAUUAAAUUACAGACACAUAUAAUGAAAUUGAAACAUAAUGAAGUUUAUAAUAAGAGAGAAAAUUUACGAAAAUAUAUAAUAGAUUUUCCAAUAAUUUUAUAUAUUGUUACUGAAUAUUCGAUAAACAUGGUCGUAGCAUAUUGAUCAGAGUUAGCUGUUCCUCAUUCGUUAAGCAGAAAAUUACGAAGUUGCAUCUUGAAAGACGAGAUUGUGUUUAUCGCAGUUAUAUUUGUAGGUAAAGAAUUCCAAAUAUUCGGUCCUGAGUAUAAGAUGGCGAACUGCUUAAUAUUAGUUCGACAAGCAUGAGAUCUAUAGUUACCGGCAGAUCUGGUGUUAUAACCAUGUAUUUGAUUGUUUAUUGUAAACAGAUUAUCAAAGCAUGUUGGCAACAUGCAAUGAUGAUAUAAAAACAUAAACUUGCCAAUGUGAAAUGUAUUUAGCUUAAAUAUAUCCAAUAUUUUGAGUUGUUUAAAAAGUGGAUCAGAGUGUGCACGGUAUUCGGAAUUUGUAAGAAUACGUACAGCUCGUUUUUGUAAAAGGAGAAUUCUAUUGAGGUUGGUUACAUAAGUGGAAGACCAUACAAUAUUACAAUAAGUAAGAUAGGGAUAUAUAAGUGUGUAGUACAAGGAUAAUCUUGUUGCGCAUGACAGUAGAUAUCGUGAUCGGUAAAUAAUUCCAACAGACUUGGCGAUUUUAUUGCAAAUAUAAUUAAUAUGUUCCUUCCAUGACAAAUGUUCGUCUAUAUAUACUCCUAAAAAUUUUAUGUAUUGUUUUUGGGUGAUCAUUUGAUUGUUAUAUUGGAUAACUAGAUUUAAAUUAAUUUUCUUUUGUCUCGGCCGAAAAAUGAUAUAGUUUGUUUUACUGAUGUUCACAGACAAUUUAUUUGACUUCAUCCAGAUAUCCAGCUUUCGAAGUUCACUGUUCAAAACAAAUUCAAGUUGCUUGAUAUCCGAAUUUGAACAAUAUAUACUAGUGUCAUCAGCAAAAAGAUAAGAUUUUGACAGUUCUAAUGCAUUCGGUAGAUCAUUGAUAUAUAAAAUAAAAAAUAAUGGGCCUAAAAUAGAACCUCGCGGAUCUCCACAUUUUAAUUUUUCCAUGGAGGAACAGGUUUCAUUAUAUUGAACAAAUUGUUCACGAUUGCAGAAAUAGCUCUUGAUCCAUUGGAGUGCAACGGCUCUUAUACCAUAAUGUUGUAAUUUAGUAAAUAAUAUUUCAUGAUCUAAAGUAUCAAAAGCCUUUGAAAGAUCAAUGAACACUCCAGCACUAGUAACACUGGAUCAAUAAGAGAUGAUCCUUACUGGACGUCUAGGGAGACCAGUUUAGAACUGAUAGAGCUAUCCAGUAUAAAUAAAGUUAGUUUAGUUUUCCUCCUGUAGUAACACUGGAUCAAUAAGAGAUGAUCCUUACUGGACGUCUAGGGAGAACAGUUUAGAACUGAUAGAGCUAUCCAGUAUAAAUAAAGUUAGUUUAGUUUAGGUUUCCUCCUGUAGUAACACUGGAUCAACAAGAGAUGAUCCUUACUGGACAUCUAGGAAGAACAGCUUAGAACUGAUAGAGCUAUCCAGUAUAAAUAAAGUUAGUUUAGUGUCGGUAGGAAUCAAACUAUUCUUGUUUUAUUCCUAAACAGGUGUACUACAAAGAGGCAAGUACAUAUGAGAUGUACAACGACCAAGAUGUUCCCGAUCCCGACAAAAUAUUUGGCCAUCGACAUGCCAUGGUUAAAACACAUAAACCAGAUGACACUGUGUCAUUCGUCAAAGUAGAACCGGGGAAGAAGUACUGGGCAAUUCUGCGGGCGGAGAUUGUACCCGAGGGUUGUCCCCCCGUGAUCACACUACCUGUGCGUGUCCGCGCUACCAUCAGGCCAGUGGCACCUGAAAUCAAAGUGACCGUGUAUGGGGAACUGGAACGAGCGGAAGCUAACAAAGAGAUUGCGAAGUUGUUGGAUGUACAAGACAAGUUAGUAAAAUUAUUGUCAGUAGGGUUGCCAAUAUGUAGCCAGCUGGCCUGGUCAAACGGGAUGAUUCAUUAUCACGUCUUUGACAAACGUUCAAAAUGACAUUUCAAAUUUGAAUUAGCUUAGUUCUUUUCCAGUAAUAGAAAAAUUAGUUUAGUUUAAUGUCCGAGUCAAUAUUUUCACUAGGAUUAACAGACACAAGAUGUUAACACAGACCUCUGACGUUGUAAAGGGAGCUCAGUUAAAGAAUGACGAGGUAUGAACCAGCUUUUUAAUUUAUCAACUUAUAAUGCUAUUUAUACAAGAGAGUUGACUCUCUCUCCAAAUGAACGGGGUGUUUCCACCGAAACUAUUUUCCCCAAGUUAUUUUAAUAGUCUGUGAAUCUGCUUCAAUAUGAAAUGUAGCUUACACCAUGUAUUAUUUACAAACAGAUGCAAGAUAUGAACGUGAAGUUGUACCAGAUUGAAACACGUCUUCAAGAACUCGUCAGAGUUGUCAACAAACUCACCGGGUUUGUUCCCGUCGUCUUAAACUGGGAGAAACCAGAAUUUGAUGAGUUUUCAGAACCGUUGAGUUAUCGUAUCAAUGUUGAUGAUCACAGUUAUCAAGACCCGUUGCCAUUGGAGACGACACAACAUUCACUGAAGGUACGGCUCUCAUGUGAAGUCCCACUUCAACCGUAUCGUAGCAUUUUCUUUUGUGUUCAAGUCAUUAGUUCGACACUAGUGCUCAGGAAACAAAGAAAUAUACCACACUUCGCUACGAUUGAAGUGGAAAACUAUCUUAAGACGAUUAUUGGUGAAGUAUUAUCAGGAAGAAACCUGACUGUAUCUUAUUUCCUUCCUAGCUUGAUGUAGAGAAAGCAGGACACAGGAUCUCCAUCACUACUCUCUCCUGGCAUCCAGUUGGUCAUAGCGAUCAGUCGAAUGUGGAGUUGGUGGAAUCGACGCAAUUUCGACCAAACAGAUUCUUUUGUUAUUUUACCAGUCACAACAAGGCUGCAAGGUUAGUAAAUACAGAGCUUCAGAUUUGAUUACCGCUACCUCUCUACUAGUGGCUUAGUACGCAUUACUGCAUUAGAAAACUAGCAGUCAUUGUCGAUAGGAGAGGAAAGAGUUAACCAAUGCAAAGAUAAUGCUCCAAAUUUCACAAAUAUGAAUUUAUUUUCAGUUGGCCCAGCAAAGGUGGAUGUCGUUUGGAGGACUUUCUGGCCAAUGAGAAGAAACUGACCAGUAAACACAACGUACAUCGUGGGCUCUUAAAGACAAGGGUAGCGCCCAAGCCAUUCCGAGUGAUGGGUGUCCACGACGCUACCUGGCAACAGCUUAUACGUCAUUUUGGCGCGAAGAAACCAACCAUUAUUCUCUUCUGGACAAAAUGGUAUACAAUAUUCGUUACUCGUAUUCAAACGAAACUAUAUAAUUCCAGAUGUACACUAUUAUUAUUAAAUGAUUGUUCAAGGGGCCCACACUUUAAGAAGAAAACAACAGCAAUUCUUCCCACAAACAACUGACACAAAACUGUCCUGACACAAAACUGUCUGCUAUAUAAAAUAUUUACAUGAAGUAUUUUCACGGCUGCAACUGAGGUGAACUAUAACCAGCAUAAUUAUUACAGGAAUCUAGUCCAGAUCAGAAGUGCAAAACAUCAUAACUUGUGCUCGCUUUUCAAUUCCAGGUGUGUUUCCUCGCAAAACAUGCUGCAACGGUUCUGUGUGUAUGCUCAUCGUUUAAAGGAUAAGGUACAUUUACAUUUAGUUCUUUAACAGAUGGUGGUCAAUCGCCACACCUCGGAAAGAAUUAACAUUAAGUCUGGUUUACACUAUCAAAGUUUCUGUGAUCACAGUAGGAAUUUUGCAAAAGUAAAUUCUAAGUUUUGAAUGAUUUGUAAGAAAUGUUUGAGGAAACUGUUAAACUUUUAAAUCCCGAGUCAGUUCCCUCCAGUGGCGUAACUCCUAUGAGCUCUACCCGGUAAGAGCCGGGGGCACCCAGGCAAACAGGCUUCCAGGGGGGCACCCUGAACUGAGUUGUCCGGGGGCCUUGUUCAUCUAAGGUUGUACGUGCAUAAGUACAGUGGCAAACAUUUCACUGUUUAUGUCAAAAACAAUUUCUGCAUGGCGUUAUUUCUGCAUAGUUGUGGGUUUUUGUUGUUGUAUAUUUUGCUAUAUAUUUAUAUUUCCAGUUCAAGAUACCAUUAAAAUUCGCUUCUAACCGGCCAGCAAAAUGUUCAUAUUGUAAGAGCUUCGUAGUACUUCAAAAGGAUGUAGGAUACCCUUGCCUUGGGGCACCCAAUUCCGUUAGGACCAGGGGCAGGCUGGCCUAAACUUACGCCCCUGGUCCCCUCCAACACUCUGAUAACUGCAGGUUCAUCACCAUCUGCUGCACAAUUAGCCAUUCCGAAGUUGAUGAGAGGACUGGGGACAAGUGUUAAAAAGUGCCCAAAUUGAGAAAUGAACCAAAUCACUAAAAAGAGCACCUCAAAAUUAGUAAGUAUACAAAGUUUGAAGACGUUUACAUGAAUACCCUUCGAAUAAUAAGCUUUCGAAAAUUAUGAAAUUACUGAUUAAUUAAAAGAUUGUUUUUGGAACGCGCGUCCCAAAAACAAAAAUUACAAUACAUUUCAUAGUAAAUAUCGGAUUUUCGAAAGCUUAUUAUUCGAAGGAUAUUCAUGUAAACGUCUUCAAACUUUGUAUACUUACCAAUUUUGAGGUGGUCUUUUUAGUGAUUUGGUUCAUUUCUUAAUUUGGGCACUUUUUAACACUUGUCCCCAGUCCACUCAUCAACUUCGGAAUGGCUUUAUUGUACUGAGUGAAACCUUGGAGAAUGGUUUCGCACAUUUAUUACACCUAACUAGGAGCAUUGCGAAAUGCCCUCUAGCAGGAAUCUAACCUGUGAUUAGUGAAACCUUUCUACUUCACAGUCACAAGGCAACCAAAAUCUAACAAAUUCCUCUUCUUUCUAUCCUAGUACCAAUACUUGGCAUGCUGUGUUAAAAGCGGGGAGGAUAUUCACACACAUCGCAAAUCAAUCAUUGAAUUACUCAAUGAAAAGAACUUGCGAAUUCUGGGUAAUAUACGUCAUUGCUGUGGAUGUCAUCUCGCACCAGACCUCCCAAACAACACGAUCGAGAAAAUGGAGAAUGCCAGUAUCCCGUCAUCCUUUGAUCUUGCCGGCGUUCCCACAUUUUGCAUUUUAGACAUCAAAGGUGAGCGGAACUUAGUGCUUAGUGCUUAGGGUACUUUUGACUUGGCGAACACUGUAAAGUAGACGGUAUUACAACGAACAACUUAAAGUACGUCAGCGAUCCUCUUUGCUUGCAGCUGAUAAGUGAAGGGCGUCAAGUCAAACGUUAAAAGCUUGUCAGGGCGCCUCACAGCUGGAUAAUAUACGUCAAUGGAAUUACUUUUUCUUGAGGGAGAAAAAGUGUAACAGCCGGAGAAGAGAAGCAAUGAUAUCUUUGUAAAGGUCCAGACACACCGGACGCGAUUCGACAACGCGACGCGAUUUUUCGAUUUUCACUGACCGAUAACUUUGGUCCCAGUUUGAAUUUUCCAAAUAUUUAGAAGCGCUAUAACAUUUUGAGUUAUUUGGUCUACAUAUCUUUCAACAUUUGCUCUCAUUGGCUGUUUUAUUAGCUUUCAAAAACUAAAAAACCGCGUCGCGUUGUCGAAUCGCGUCCGGUGUGUCUGGACCUUAGGAGUUAGGCCUACAUCUCUACACGAAACACAGCUAUCUGAGAGAGACAUCUGCCGGACAGUUCUAAGCUUUUAUCAUUAUUUUUCAGGUCGUCUCUCAUGGCAAGGUCGUGUUGCCGCUGACACAGAUGAAACAUUUUUCAGCUACAUGAGUCACGUGAUGGCCCAAGUGGAAGAACAAGAAUGUCCAAGUAUGGAAUGUGAACAUUGCAAGGACGAAAACGGAACGCUAUAUGAACCAAAGCAGAAGCAUGAUGAAGACCAAGGUGACGUCACUAGUCAAGGUUAUGACGUCACCGGAAAUUAUGUCAUCAAUCAAGGGGAUGACAUCUGCAACAAUCAAGGAGACGAUGCCAGCAACAGCUACGUCAGCAACAAUUACGUCAGCAACAAGUCACAUGACAAGUUCUCGUUGGAUGAGUUCCACCUGUUGCACUCAAGGCUUCAUGGGAAGGCACUGGAAGAAGCAGAGAGAACCCAAGACGAACAAUAUUCAAAGGUCGGCAGUCUUUCACCUCGUAAGGAAUGGUUGGAAAGACGUCGCGCGAAUGCUAAGAAGGCUGAGGCAGAGGCUGAAAAACAACCAGAAAGACACAGAGUACGUUUUGGAGAAGUGGAUCCAGACCCCCCACAGACUGCAAGCAGCCAAUCAGCAAGCGAGAUAAGGCCAGGCAUCAAGAACUAUCAAUACCGUCAACCACAUCGCGACUACCGCAGCCCACAUAACGGCUACGAGAAAUCAAAACACGGCUAUGGCGCCUCCGGGGGAUCAACAUGGCGGGACAAACCUCCUGUCGCGCAAUCGUCGGUGCCGAACGUUUCCGACUAUAAUCCGGAGAAUGGCCGAAAGAAUAGCUAUAAAUAUACAAGUGUUAAUUAUCAUCUCUCAGAGAGAGAUGGUGGUGACGGAGAUGUAGAAGCUGACGCUGUAGACUCGGGCACUGCUCGGAACCGCUCGACUGCAUUGGGAUAUAACACAAGUGGGACAGGGAAAUGGAACUCCCAGAUCAGAGCGAAUAAUGUCAACAGAGAUACGAGUCGAAGCACCACUCUCAGUUCAACGCAACAGAAUCACCAAGAGGAAGAGAUAUACGAGUUCAUGGUCCCAGAUAAUAUGAGAAAAAAAUACAGUUUUGGUGAAAAACCAGCAGGAAAGACCACCACCAAGCCAGAGCCUUAUAUAUACCGCAGACCUUCAACCCUGGAGCCUAUUAAUGAUCCUGCUCGAAAGUCCGCCAAGAAGGACAAAUACAGUCACAUCCAGAGUCGGUAUAGUAAAGGCAUUUAUCAACCAGGACACCCAAAGCAAAGAUAUGUGAUUUCAGCUCAUCACAAGAAAGGAAGGAGAGCGCAGAUGAACAGUACAACUCAGAGUGGAAAGAAGAAUGGAGGAGAUUAUUAUAACUAUAACCGUCAAGCAUAUGUGUGAAUAAUGUUAUUGAACUAUCUAUAUUGUAUAUAGCACUUUUAACGUGUCUAAAGCCUGGUCUACACUGUCAAAGUUUCUGUGAUCACUGUAGGAAUUUUGCAUGGGUAAAUUCUAAGUUUUGAAGGAUAUGUAAGAAAUGUAAUCACUGUUGAACACAGUCAUUUUCCUCAAACAUUUCUUACAAAUCCUUCAAACUUAGAAUUUACCGAUGUAAAAUUCCUACUGUGAUCACAGAAACUUUGAUAGUAUAAACCUGGCUUAACGUCGCUAUUAAUAAAAGUAUUUAAAUUGUAUAUACAGCACUCAAUGUUUGCACAGCGCACUUUUUCAUACAUAUUUACAGAAGGGAAAUAUUUUGGGGAAAAUUUUCCCACUAGUUUAUUAAGGUACUGGUCCGGUUGUAUAAAAGAGUGAUUCUGAACCCAUUAAGAUGCAGAGCUUCCCCAAUGACGAGCAAAAUCGUCUGGCAUUAGACAAGUAAAAAAAAUAAGUAGGGCGCACUGGGGCGCAUUGCAGCUCAAUGGUAAAAGUUAACUAUAGUUAGUGGAAACAUCAUCCAAUAGAAGCGCUUAUUUGAGAGUUAAUCACUAUUUAACUACAAAAUAGUGAUUAGAAAAGUGAUUAAGAGGUUUAUACAACCGGCUUCUGAUAAUUAGUACAAGACAAUUAUUAACUUUAUAUGGACAAAUGGUAAAGUAUAAAGCACCACUAUACUAUUAAUAUAUCAAGCAC